UGAAUAACGUCAAACACUGUCAACAUAACCAUUGCCUUUCGGACGAUUUUAUUCUCUCACCGGUUUGAAUUCCGGUUUUUCCGUGAGAAAUGGCUGUGAAAAAAGUGAAAAUCAGCGCCACGAAACGUGCGAACCACCUAAAAGGCAAAAAGAAAGUGUCGAAGACCACUAAGCCAAAAUCCUCUGCUGAAAACGCCUUCAAAAGGAAUCUUUCUCAAGCUUUAAACGCGAAACGCUUAAAGAAAAAGGAUAAAAUCAAGAACAAUCAAAACAACCUACCAAAGGAAGACUCCGAAGAUGAAGAACUUCUCCUUGAAAGCGUGCAAGACAUCAUCGACAAUGAAGACAUGGACUUGGCUGAAAUCCCCACAAAAAAGUCGAGAAAAAGGAAGGUUGAUGAGAUUGGCGAAUCAAUUAAAUCAUCAGGACUGGAAACUGAAUAUGCAACUCAGCAGUACAAAGAGAAAACCUCGAAAAAGAUGGUUGUCGACUUGCUCCCAAUCAAAGCCAAGGACGGAGCUAUUAUUACGCGAACUACCGAAGUGGAUUAUAAACCGAAACCCAGCACUGACGAGGAUCAAGCAAGUGACGAUGAAGGAGACGAAGAUGAGCAGAAUGCCGAAGUUGAAGACUCCGACGAAGAUAUCCUGCAAGACGUAGCGGGUAAAGCUGAUUCGGAUGACGAGGCAAAUGCCGAGCGGAUAAUCUCAACGGCGGACUUGCUGAUUCGCCGUGAACAGGAAGUGGAGCGGCAGAAAUACCGAAUCGGAAUAAUCUGCUCGGGGAUAUUGGAAAAACCGGAGGAUAAAAUGAAGAAUUUCUCGGCGCUGUUUGAUCUGAUGGAGGAGUUCAAUGAGAGUGGAGGGCGGAAUCUGUACUCGAUUAGGAAGUUGGCGAUUAUUUCGAUUGCGGAAGUGUUUAAGGAUAUUUUACCUGAGUAUCGAGUGGGUCAGGUGGAUACCAAGAUGACCACAGUUCGCAAGACCACUUUGGAACGUAUCACCUAUGAAACAGCUCUUCUCCAACAAUUUAAAAAGUAUCUACAAAAAACUGAGAAAAUUGUUGCAGUUAUUUCCAAAAAAGGAGGUCCAAAGAAAACUCCCGAAACUAUCAAGCUCGCCGAAACGACUGUCGGAUGCCUUUGCGAGAUUCUCGUUUCCCAUCCCUAUUUCAAUUACGUCCAAAACGUCGCUCAGCUUCUGGUCUACUUACUGAACAGUCGAAACAAAACUGUUCGCGAGCAAAUCAACAAAUGCUUCCGGGACGUCUUCAAAGCGGACAAAAGGCUCGACAUGUCACUGUACAUCAUCCGAAGGAUAAAUCACUUGAUUAAAUCCAAAUCGAAUCAUGUUCAUUUGGAAAUGAUUACAUGUUUGCUGGCGUUGAGAAUUAAAAAUGUUAAUUUGGAUGCUGAGAAAGAAAAUGAAUUGAAGCAAAAGAAAUUGGAGUCACAUAGGCAGCGGCUGUUGAAUUUGUCGAAGAAGGAGCGAAAACGGAGGAAAAGGCUUGCUCAAUUGAACAAAGAGCUUGAUGAGACGAAAGCUGAGGAAAACAAACAGACCAAGCACUAUAAGCUGACUGAAAUUACAAAAAUGACGUUUACAAUUUAUUUCCGAAUUCUGAAGAAUGAUCCUAAUUCGAAACUUCUGAGCGCUUGUUUGGAGGGCUUGGCAGAAUUCGCACACGUCAUCAACAUCGAAUUCUUCUCCGACCUCAUUGAAAUUCUGAACAACAUCCUGGAAUCAGAGGAACUAGGCUAUCGUGAUCAAUUGUUCUGCAUUCAAACCAUAUUCAUCAUCCUCUCAGGUCAAGGGGAAGUCCUCAACAUAGAUCCAAUCCGAUUCUAUGGCCACCUUUACAAAAAUCUAUUUGUGGUCCAUGCAGGCAAGAAUCAUGACGAUUUCCUGAUAAUCUUGCGAACAUUGAAUGAAGUUUUAGUGAAAAGAAGGAAAAAUACCAGCCAACAUAGGAUGUUGGCAUUCGUUAAACGUUUGCUUACGUUGAGUUUGUGUUUACUGCAUAACGGCACGCUGGCGAGCUUGGGGAUAACUAAGGCGAUUAUGCAACUUACUAGAAAUAUUGACAUUUUAUUGGACACAGACACAUCAGUGGGAUCAGGUCGCUAUGAUCCAGAGCUUGACGAUCCCGAAUAUUGUAAUGCAUCGUGUACAGCGCUUUAUGAACUCACUCUUUUGCAAAGACACUAUCAUCCAACGGUGAGAAAGAUCGCGCAACAUGUCACGCAUGGCGUUCCUGCGUCGGGUGAUGGAUCGUUGCCUGCGGAAAUUGGCAAGCUGACGCCAGAAGAACUUUUUACACAAUUUGAUAGUUCACAAAUGGCCUUUAAUCCACCAAUUCCUGCACCGAAUACGGCUGAGCCGAAACAGAAAAAGGGGCGACAUGUCUAUUUGGAUUCAACGUUGCCACGCUUUUGUAAUGAAGUACUGCGGAACUCAAAACACGAUGACGGUAUCAUUGAUUUUCGUCAAAGCUUUUCUAAAGUAUUCAGAAGUUAGGUCAAUAAAGUUAAUUUUUAUUUGUAUAUUUCAA